GAGUCUGCGCUCAACAAAGGGCCGUCCAUAAAGAGCCUUUGACCAGUGAAACCUGAGAUCCUAAAAGCUCGCUGGAGGCCGAGGAAAAGCGCACUGGAGCUUCACAUCUGACCACGGCGCGAGGAGCAGCGCGGGGACGCAGCGCGGACGCAUGCUUGGUGAAGUUUGGCGCAACGGUUCUUGGCACCGUCGCUUUUCCAGCAGCUCGCAGAUGAAUGAAACUCAAUCCGUGUUAAUCUGCCGCGCUCUGUAGGAGGUAUAUAGCGGCGAUGGACGCGCACUGAGCAUGCCCGCGGCGCGGCGCGCAUCAAUCCCUGAUCGACGGCACGAUGGUGGAGCACAGCGGCCUGGACAUCAUGUGUCUGAACAAAUACAGCCCCGCUUCCUCCUCCUCAUCCUCCUCCUCCUCGAACGCGGAGAAGAAACUUUUCUCCAAGCUCAAGGUGAGUCUGACCAAGAAGUACCCUCAGAAGAACGCGGAGACGCUGAGCGCGCAGUACGGAACCAACCUGCUGCUGAUCGGCGUGUCCGUGAUGCUCGCGCUGGCGCAGCACGGUCCCGCGGUGAAGAAGGAGCACCUGCUGGCCUUCAUCACAGCUCUGAUGCUGGUGCAGCUCGUCUGGAUGCUCUGCUACAUGAUCCGGAGGGAACGGGAGCGCGGUCCGGUGCCGGAGAGGGACGCGCACGCCGGCACCAGCUGGAUCCGAGGGGGGCUGACGAUGCUGGCCUUGCUGUCGCUCAUCAUGGACGCGUUCCGCAUCGGUUAUUUUGUCGGAUAUCAUUCGUGCAUCUCCGCCGUGCUCGGAGUCUACCCUAUCGUGCACGCGCUGCACACCAUAUCUCAGGUGCAUUUCCUCUGGUUCCACAUCAAAGAUGUCAUCAAGAAAUAUGAAACGUUUGAAAGGUUUGGAGUGAUUCACGCGGUCUUCACUAACCUGCUGCUGUGGUGUAAUGGAGUGAUGUCAGAAGCUGAACAUUUCCUGAACAACCACAGGAGACGCCUGACUGCGCUGGGAUACGCCAAUCUCUCCACAGUGGAAGCGGAGCCUCACUGUAACUGCACCACCAGCGUCUGCUCCAUGUUCUCCACCAGUCUUUACUAUCUGUACCCCUUCAACAUCGAGUACCACAUCUUCGUCUCAGCCAUGCUCCUGGUGAUGUGGAAGAACAUCGGCCGCACGCUGGACCUUCACAGCAACCGCAAGCGUCCCAGCACUCGGAGCCCGGGGCUCCUGCUCGGCCCCAUGCUGGGUCUGCUGGCCCUGGCCAGCUCCGUCACUGUGCUGGUGGUGUACCUGAUCCAGGUGGAGAAGUCUCCUCAGGCCGCCGUCUCCAUGUUCUACUGCUACGGCGUGGUGAUGCUGAGCUGUAUGUGUGUGGCGAGCGGCGCCGGGCUCCUGGUGUAUCGUCUGGAGGCCUGGCCCAUGGACACGGGGCCCAACCCGGCGCGGGCGCUGGACGCGGAGCUGCUGCUGGGCUCGUCUCUGGGCUCGUGGCUGAUGUCGUGGUGCAGCGUGGUGGCGGUGGCGGCGGCGGGCCGUGGUUCUCCGAGCUUCCGCUGGACCUGCCUGGCCUACUCGCUGCUGCUGGUGCUGGAGAAGUGCGUGCAGAACCUGUUCAUCGUGGAGUCUCUGUACCGCCGCCGCAGGGACCCGGACGACCCGCUCGCGACGGAGGUGUUCUGCGUCACGCCGCCGUACGACGGCAUCGUCAACCGCGGCUACGAGACGCAGGAGAAGCGCUGCACGACUCUGGAGGGAGAGACGCCCGAGAACAGAGCGGCCUUCAGCAGGAAACAGAAUGAUGUCACACUUCCUGUGGGGAACCGGCUCAACGUGACGCCCGGGAGGAAGAGACAGAUCCUGAAGAACAUCACCAUCUUCCUCUUCAUGUGCAACAUCUCGCUCUGGAUCCUCCCGGCCUUCGGCUGCCGUCCGCAGUAUGACAACGGUCUGGAGCAGGAGACCUUCGGGUACAGCGUGUGGACCACGGUGCUGAACGUGGCCAUCCCCAUGAACCUCUUCUACCGCAUGCACUCGGUGGCGUCGCUCUUCGAGGUCUUCCGGAAGGUUUGAGGACAUCAGGUGCUCACAAACACCGGUCUGAGGAGGCUCGGGCGCUCGGAACCAUUCUCACGGGCCUUCGGAUCUUAAAGACGCUCUCAGUAGUUUGACAGACUAGAAGUUCUCAGGCCUGAAGAUUCCUCACACACUCCUCAGUAAUGUUUACACACACACACACACACGUCUUCACUUGAUCAAGGAUGAUGUUCUCUUUUAUAUCAAGUUCUCAAGUUGGUUUAAAUCCUGAAUGUUUUUAGUACGGCGUCUGAUUGGAAAACCCUUGAAUCUCGCAGGCCAUUGAACAAACAUAUGGUGCAUAUUGUCGUUUAUAAUCGUUUAACUAUGCAAACGCUCAUUUAAAUGAAGGACAAAUAGAGUUGAGUCUGAUCUAAUCAGCCGAGUUUCUGUAUUUUGGUUUUGUUUUUCUCAAAUCGGGUGCAUUUACUUGAGAAAUUAGUCGAGAUUUUAAGUCUUGAGUUCUGAGACCAGAAAUAGAAUUCCUCUUUGGACUGAGUUUUGUGACUUCAUUGGCAGACAUUAGUUCUCGAUUUAAUAGGUUUUUCAGAAAACAAGACUUGAUUAUCUUCUCCAGUAAAUGUUUCAGUUUUUGCAGCGUGAUCAGAGUGUUUCAGAAGCGUGAAACUGAUCAUAAAACACAGCUAAUUGCACUCGCCGUAAAACUCAAGCCUGGCUUUAACUCUCUCACGAAGACCAGAUCUCUGAGAAAUCCAGCAACGUGAAAACAAAGGCUUAAAGGAAUAGUUCAUCCAAAAAUACCUUGCCUCAUCCUCGAGUAGUUUGCUAAUCUCUUUGAGUUUCUGUGUUCUGCUGAACAAGAUGUUCGUCACCAGACUGUUUGGGUCACCGUUGACUUCCAUAGUAAGGAAAAAAUACUACGCUGAGCAAAGAAACUCAGAACCUACUGGAGGAGGAGUAAAUGAGGACAGAACUAUUCCUUUAAAACAAAUGAUGAUCUUCAGAUCAGAUAUGCAUUUAUAGCACAUUAUUUGUUAAAUCUAAGUUUUGACGAAGAUCGUCUUGGU